AUGGCUCCCCUGCCCAGCUAUCAGAGCCCCAGCCAGGGGCCCGGCGGGGAGGAGCCCGGGCGCUACGCCGAGGUGGAGAUGGUGGACCCGGGCCAGCUGGUGGUGGAGGAGCUGGUCCGCUCCCGGCGCUGCGUCUGCAUCAUGCAGCGCUGGGGCGGCAAGCGGGAGGUGAUGUACACGGCCUUCCGGGCCCUGGGCAACUCGGUGGACUAUGUCCAGGUGUGCGACUCCGACACCAAGCUGGACCCCAGGGCCACGGUGGAGCUGGUGAAGGUUCUGGAGGCCAACGAGCGCUACGGGGCCGUGGGGGGCGACGUGCGGAUCCUCAACAUCUCCGACUCCUUCAUCAGCUUCAUGAGCAGCCUGCCUGGGAGGGGGGCCCCCCCCUGCCAGUCCUACUUCGACUGCGUCUCCUGCAUCAGCGGGCCCCUGGGCCUGUACCGGAACGACCUCCUGCAGCAGUUCCUGGAGUCCUGGUACAACCAGAAAUUCCUGGGCACCCACUGCACCUUUGGCGACGACCGGCACCUCACCAACCGCAUGCUGAGCAUGGGCUACGCCACCAAGUACACGGCCCGCUCCCGCUGCUACUCGGAGACCCCGGCCCAGUUCCUGCGCUGGCUGGCCCAGCAGACCCGCUGGACCAAGUCCUACUUCCGGGAGUGGCUCUACAACUCCCUGUGGUGGCACCGGCACCACCUGUGGAUGACCUACGAGGCCGUGGUGGCCGGCGCUGUUCCCCUCCUGCGGGGGGCCCAGCCUUGGGACGUGCUGUGGGUGCUGCUGUGCGUGCAGCUGGUGGCCUGCGUCAAGGCGCUGUACGCCUGCUGGCUGCGAGGCAACGCCCGCAUGCUCUUCAUGAGCCUCUACGCCCUGCUCUACAUGGGCGGCUUGCUGCCCGCCAAGUACUUCGCCAUCGCCACCAUGAACAAGAGCAGCUGGGGCACCUCCGGCCGCAAGAAGCUGGUGGGCAACCUGAUGCCCCUGCUGCCCGUCUCCGUCUGGGCGCUGCUGCUCCUGGCCGGGCUGGGGGUCACCAUCUACCAGGAGGCCCAGGCCGACUGGGCCAGCCCGGUCAAGCAGGCCGAGCUGGGCUACCUGUUCAUCGGGCUGGGCGUCUACCUGGGCGACUGGGAAUCACAUUCGGAGAGUGGAGUCUAG